AUGGUCUCUCCUACCGCUUCCUACGGGCUACCAGCUCUGUUGUCAGCCCUGCUGUCACUCUCCGCCACCACCAUCGCGACAAUCACUGCGAAGGGUCAAACCGUUCAGCUUAAUGGAAACAGCUACUACAUUCCUCCGACAGCAGUAGCAACGCUGAAUGCUGAUAGGCAUAUGUUCCACAACCUAGAUGGCUUACAACCUCUGACAGUCAUUCGGAGCGACGCCUCGAAGCUGACCACCACAAUCCUCGAUUCAUUAGUGAGUAACUACGAGUCCAUUGACGAUGUCUUCAAUGCUGGGUUCCUCGACAACGUUUACAUCCAGUACAACGGUACCUCCAAGAAGCCCUCAGAGAAUGUGUCAACCCAUUCUCCAUGGGGCCCAAAGAUCUUGGGAUAUGCCCCUGUAUAUCAUACAAAGCAUGCAAAGACAGUUACCGCGUCAUCGACCUUGCCUCCUGGCCCAUACUUUUUGGAUCCGUCCACUGGAGCUGUUUUUGAAGCCUAUCUAUUGUAUUCCGAUUUGAUGGGGUCUUUCACUCAGGGACUGAUCUCCACUGGCGAUGCUGGAUAUGAUGUUUUGCCGGCAAGCUUGCAGGGCUAUGCCUCCUUGACCAUUGGUGUACCUUCGCGGUUGUACUAUACCAAGACUACCGAAAGGCCUUUGGCUGGUGUUCGUGUCGGUGUCAAGGAUAUUUAUGAUAUCAAGGGUGUUAAAACCGGCUGUGGGAACCGGGCUUACUAUGAGACGUACCCUGUCGCUGAAUCUACUGGCCCCGCAAUUCAGUCCCUCAUAGAUGCAGGUGCCAUCAUUGUCGGAAAGAUGAAGACCAGUCAAUUCGCCAACGGUGAGACUGCAACUGCUGAUUGGGUUGAUUAUCACUCCCCCUUCAACGCCCGUGGUGACGGAUACCAAGAUCCUAGCUCAUCGUCUUCCGGCCCUGGCUCUGGUAUCGGAGCAUAUGACUGGUUGGAUUUGGCCGUUGGGAGUGAUACUGGAGGCUCUAUUCGCAACCCUUCCCAAGUCAAUGGAUGCUUCGGCAACCGUCCCUCAUGGAACUUGGUCUCAUUGGACAAAGUCAUGCCUAUGUCCCCGCUUUUGGACACCGCCGGAUUCUUGACGAGAGAUGUGCAAUUGUGGCGCGCUGCUGCAGAGGUUCUGUACAAGGAUGCAGGCCUCAAGUCCUACACCAAAUACCCCAAGUCUAUCAAGACAAUUCAGUUCCCAACUACUGCCUCGACCCCAGCUGAGGGCCUUGUGAUCGACUUUGUCGACAAACUAUCGUCCUUUUUGGGUGGUGCCAACGUUUCUGAGUUUGAUUACAAUGCUCUCUGGGAAUCUACCAAGCCUUCGACUGUCGCCGCCAACGCCACUCUCACCAGUCUGUUGGGACUCACUUAUCCUAUCCUCAUUUCGAAGCAACAAUAUCCCCUCAUUGCCGAGCCCCUGUACGCAGACUACGCGGCUGCCAAUGGAGGUCGCAAGCCAUUUAUCGACCCUGUGCCUCUGUCUCGUUGGGGUUGGGGACUUGGUUACCCGGACUCCCAACUGGCCGCUGAAAUUGAACAUAAGAACAUAUUUACCAACUGGUGGAACACAACUGCCCAGGUUUUCGACGAGGAGACUUGCUCAGACAGUUUAAUUCUUUACAUUGGAAGUGAAGGUUCGCCGAACUAUCGCAAUGUUUAUAGGAAUAUGCCAGGUGCUCCUGUAGGAUUCUCUACCUCUCGUAUUGCCAACUUUGCUGGUGUGCCCGAUAUGGUCGUGCCCAUCGGCCAAGCACUUUACAACUCCACGGUUACUAUGCAGCAAGAAUAUCUGCCUGUCGCGGUGGAUUUCAUGGCACCGCGCGGCUGUGAUCUAAUGAUCUUCAACCUAGUCAACGAUCUGGUCAAAGCUGGUAUCGUUAAGGAACCUAACACUGGGUCUACUUUGUAUGGAGAAGGGGUUACUUAUUAUUAA